CUUUGCCGUCUCCAGAACUCCUUCUCUUCCGUCGACUGGCUGUGAUUUGCUCGCGACGUGGCGGGGAAAAAUCGUUUGCCGUGUCGGGUGUACAUACGCUCCGCUCUGCUUGGUCGAGCACGUCGUUUCACUCAAGUUCGGUUCUGCGCUCGAGUUUCUGCGGAUUUCCGCGCCCUUUCUUGUCUUUGCCGUUUUCCAGGGCUUUCUGCUGAACGGCGCCGCUCAAGCAGUGAGGCGAGAGCUCAGGGAAGACUCUCUGUCUUUGGAACUGCCAAGGUUCUUGCGCCUGGAUCCCCGGCUUCAAUCGACGUUCGCGGGAGUGACUGCCGCCUCUCACUCCGGAACGGCUGUUUUCCACGCGUUUCUCGUCCCAAAAUUCCGCUUUUCCGUCGUAACGUCCCUCUUCGCUGUGCCGUCUGGAAAAUUCCUCUCACCGGUCGCCGCUGGCUCAGAGGACCGCCUGCGGACGAAGCUGCAACAGCUUCUCGUUUCCGGAGUUGCCUUCCUGCGUAGACAAAGUUCGCCGACAGAGAGGGAAACGGCUCGAACUGGAGAAGAACCGCGGGCGUCCGGGUGCUCUUCACCGGCGACACCGACUUAGGAGAGUUCUUUGGAAUCUCAAAGAAAAAAACGCCUUUGAAAGACCGACACCGGAAAAAACGCGUCACUGGUCCGCCGCCUCCCCCGCCUCUCGUCUUCUCCCUCGUCGCGGUCGUUCGCCAUGAAGAGCGAGGAGUCUGCGGCUGGCGGCAUGCGGCGCCUAGAGGCUUCAGAGGCUUCCGCAGGCUCUGCUGCGGGCACAGGGCCUGCGCCAAGUUCUUGUUCUUCUUUUUCUUCCUUCUCGCCUUCUCUCGCCGCCGCUCCGCCUGCUGGAGGAAGCAAGAAGAGGGCGAGAGCAUCUUCUGCGAAGACCACCGGAAGCGACAGAGGGAUCGCCGAAGCCGUCCGUUUAAUGCAGAGUGGAAAACUGGCCAAGCUUGAGCCGUCGGAGGAGAAGGUGAAGGAAGACUACGAACAGUACCGCAAUGACGUCACGCGCCGGGCGCUGAAGAUUCUCACCGACGAUCUGCCUCGACGAAUUGCACGGUUUCUGCAACUCGUCGAUGUCAACGCAGAGCCUGGCACCCUGCUCGUUUGCGACGACUUGCCGCCGCCUCCGUCGCUCGGACCUCUCCUCAGUCCCGAGGAGCUCGCGACGUUUACGGUUGAACGAACAGACGGGAGUGAGACCUCUGCAUGCGACGCCUCGUCGCAUUCUCCGCAGGCAUCCUUCCCUUGGAGAUUCUCAGUGGAACCCGUCGUCUCUCUCUCAGCCGCCGAGUCUGGUCGUUUGAAGAAGAUGUUGGAGGAAAAAGUGAAAGCUGUGUUUGGCGGAGACCGCACCUCGGAGAAGCAGAACGCGGCCCCCAAAGCGGAAGCCGAGAAAACUGGAAGCACGACACCGGAACUCCACGAGGAUCCGUCUACAGAAACAAGACAUACGGACCAAUGCGCCGCUUCUUCUCCUUCUUCCUCUGCUUCUUCCUCUUCCAGUGCUUCUUCUGCUUCGGCUUCGGCUUCCUCGUCGCCUUCUUCUGUGGAGGGAUGGAAGUCGAGACAAGAAGCGAUUUGUGCGCGAGUGGGAGAACAGGCGCAGUUUGUGAAGGAGGAGGCAGUGGCAAUGCGCGAGUUGCUGAACGCAGUGAAGAUUUUUAUGCAGUUGCAUGUGCCUCGCAUCGAGGACGGCAACAACUUCGGAGUCGCGAUCCAGGAGGAAGCGAUCCACCUGUUGAACCGCGUCGAGGAGAGUGCGUUCAACUUGUACGACACCGUGAUGAAGUACUACCUGGCGCGCGCCAAGCUGUGCAGCAAGCUGGUCAAGUAUCCGAACACUCUGGAUUACCAAACGGCCGUUGUCGAGCUCGACCGCAAAGAGUGGGUGCACCUGAAAAUCACGAACCUGGACCUGAGGAACAACUACAUCAUGCUCUACGACCUGAUCUGCAAAAACUGGCAGAACGUGAUCGCACCUAAGGGACGCAGCCACAGCACCAGUCAACAAGCCAUGUACUAGCCAGCGGGCGACAGUGAAGACCAAGACGCAGCACAGAGCGGAGAGGCGAGAGCGGAGAGGCGAGAGCAGAGAGGAGAGGGAGGCGAGGGGGAGGGAAAACUAGAAGGAGAGGAAAGGAGAGACGCGAGGAGAAAGAACUGCAGAGGUGUUGGGGAUGGGGGGUAGUAACGAGAUCAUCAGGAGACCAAGACGGAGCUGGCGAAUAAGGAAGACAGAUCGGAGAGCGCGACAGAUUUGCGAACGGGAGUUUGGGAGAGAGUUUUUUCUAUAUGUGAGGCGGACGUGUAACACAGAUUUCUCGUGCUUUCCAGACGAUGCAAGCAGGAGGAGUUGUGGAAAAGCGGUUCGGCUGCAUGCAGUCAUUUGUGGUGAAUCGAAGGUGUACACUCAUGGAGCAGAGUGCCGGGGAAAAAUAAAAUUCCAAAACAUGCAUUUCGCGAUUGGGUGUGGCGCGAGAGGUCCAGAAAGCGAGGCGUUCCCGCGUGUCUUCAGAGAGAAGGCGACAAGGACGGCGGCUAAGGCCUUUUAAGGAAUUUCGUGUGUGUGUCGUGUCUUCUCGGAUGCUGCUCUGGCUUGUUUCUGUCGCUGCUUUUCGUUUGCGUCCUUUCCUCGUCGCCGGAGCACUCCCUCCUCUCACCUUUUAUUUCGCCUUUGCUUUCUGCCUGCGUGUCUUCUUGCUUCCUUCCGACACUAGCAAAGGGAUGCUUCGCCUUUCCUCUCUGUCUCUGUCAGGCACUUUAUAAUGCCGAUUAAGGAUUGUUUUUCUUUCUUGUGGUGAUGUUCCUCUUUCUUGUUUUCUUCGAGACUUGGGUGUACCGAGAGGCGUGUCUGCGUUCGAGUUUAGGGUUUCAGGUCUUGCUUUUCCUGCCUCUGAACUUUCCUUGCUGCCAGCAAAAAGGGAAAGUGGGUGCACGUUUUGCCUCCCAGCGCAUUUUCUCGCCGAUGUUGCUCGAAUAUAAGCCGGAUCCCAGUGGUCCCUGUAGCCUUUUAGUGCCCCACGAAACUGGGUCCGUGACUUGCAUUUUCCGCGCUUUUUACCGCGUAGCUGUAGGGAAGGAAAACUCUCUUUUCGACACUUCCAACGCGUUUCUACACCUUUCUCUGCCUCUCUGCCGAAGCUCGAGAGACACCUGAAAAGCCCAGUGCAAGGUGUACGUACACCCCGCGUCUGGCUUCGCUCUCAGUGUCUGAAGCCUGCGCGCACCUGAACAAAUCGCCCGGGGCUGGACGGGUGCCAACGAGACAUCACGGGGUCGAUUGGCUGUCCCAGAAUGUCGCUUUUCGAAGACUUUUUGACUGAUGGAAUAAGACCGAGGGGGAGGGGAACGCUGCGCAAGUAUCACUGCGUUGCCAUUCUCUCGCAGAAACAACUGAGAUUACGAAAACCGUGUUUUGUGCGAUGUCUCUUGCGUUCCGUGUACACUCAGAAAGUUCAGUCUGCAGCUGAAGAGAGACCCCUUUCAUGAGAUAGCUCUGCUCGGAUGUCGUCUCUGUGUCCUAAAGCAGGAGACUUGUCAAGUGACACAGCUGCACUCGACUUCUGUCUUCUGUUUUCGACCGAUCGCACUGAAGAGCAACACCUGAGUAGUUUUCUCGUGCCGAACCAAGUAACACAAGAGAUCGAAAUAUCG